AUGAGCGUCAAGGCACAAAAGACGCUCAAGGCUGCUGACAUUGCUGUGUUGGGCGCUCUUAUGGUCCGCGAUUCUCCAAUCGAAGGAUACACCAUCGUCCCCAUGGAAUGGACAGGAAAGCCUCAUCCGGACAAGCCAGUGACUGACAACCUCCAGGAAGUCAUGACUCAAAUCCUCGACGUCAACCCCGAGUUCGUCGUCAGCCCCGGCCAAAACGACAGCAGCCUCAGUGCCCGCGGUAUCGAGGAAAGAAACAAGUCCGGCGUCAUCUGCAACAUCUCUGGCGACAAAGGUGGACGAUGCUCGACUGUGACCAUCAUGCAGGGAAUCGACUACCUGAAGGGACUCAACGGCGCGUGCGGCGUCGGCGCCGGCGCCGGCCCGCGCGCGUGUGCUCGCAUCAGCUGCUCCUACAACGCUGCUAUCUGGCUGUGCAAUGAUAAUGCAUGGUACAUCCAGCCGAGCUGUAGAUACCUGGGAACAUACGCGGAGGAUAUUGUGUCGAAGUGUGCCCAUGUGGACUUCAAUUCCGGGACCAAGGGGUGGGGCAAUCAAUGGGAUGAUAGGGUGAAUGGGCAGGAGUUUGACACGGAUAACUAUAAUGUUAUUGUGGGGGUUGAUUCUUGUUAG